CGCGUGAUUCUGACAGUCAGCUUACUGUUGUGGAAUUUCUGAGAAUUAUCGGUGUAUAGAACUCACCUGCGCCUCAAAAAUGUUUCGAUUUUAAGUGCAAUGUUAGUUCAAUAAAUGCAAAAGGACUGCUUGCAGUUUGCGGAUGAAUGGAGAGUUUCAUUAUAAUUGUACCGGCUGGAAAUCUGAGUUAAUUGAUACGUAAUUGGAUUGGAAUCAAAACACAGGUAACACAAAUCAACAUCCAAGAUGGCGGAGCUCGGAGACGGUGGAAGUUCUGAGCAGGAUGAUAUCUUAUUUCUCAGAACAAAUGACAUGGUAUGUCUGAGCUGUGUGAUAUCACCAUCACGAGACAGCCCCAGCGACCGAGUAUGUCUUGCCGCAGAAGGAUUUGGAAAUCGCAUGUGCUUCCUAGAAAACACUUCCAUGAAGGAUGUUCCACCGGACAUAUCAGUUUGCGUGUUUGUAUUGGAGCAAGCACUUUCGGUGAGGGCUUUGCAGGAAAUGGUGACAUCAUCGUCCCAGGAUUCCACAGCAGCACAGUCGGGUCACAGAACACUCCUGUAUGGACAUGCAGUUCUUCUUCGUCAUCUCCAUAGUAACAUGUAUUUAUCAUGUUUAUCCACAAGUUCAUCCAACGAUAAAUUGGCAUUUGAUGUGGGACUCAACGAGGCAGCUGAAGGUGAAGCAUGUUGGUGGACCAUACACCCUGCCAGCAAGCAGAGGUCAGAGGGUGAGAAGGUCAGGGUCGGUGAUGAUUUAAUCUUAGUCAGUGUCUCCUCAGAAAGAUACUUGCACAUUGGCAGUGGAUCAGAAUGUAUUGCCUCUUUUCAACAGACACUCUGGACAGUUGUUCCAAUGAGCUCCGGUGCUAUCAGAGUCAAAUCAAUGGGUUAUGUGUUUGGUGGAGAUGUAUUAAGAUUGUUCCAUGGUCACAUGGAUGAAUGUCUUACCAUACCUGAAGCUGGCAGUGACAAUGAAUUCAACUGCGUUAUGUAUGAGACAGGAGCAGUUUGUAAUCAUGCUAGGUCACUAUGGAGACUGGAAUUCAACAAAACCAAAUGGACAGGGGGAUUUAUGGGAUGGGGUCAACAAGUACGUAUUCGUCAUGUGACCUCAGGUCGCUACCUUGGUGUAACCCAUGAAAACGCUGUAGUUACUGUACAUAGAAACAAGGCAGAUGAAGAUACUUGCUCUUUCUACCUCAGAAUGACAAAGGAUGACAAGAAGCAAUCAGAAGGUCACGAAGAUGAGGGUAUGGGGAAGUCAGAUCUCAAGUACGGAGAUUCUGUAGCAUUUGUUCAACACUGUGCAACUGGUCUCUGGCUCUCAUAUCAAACAUUUGAAACAAAGAAACGUGGUGUGGGACGUGUGGAGGAGAAAAAGGCUGUGAUGUUGGUUGAAGGUCAUAUGGACGAUGGUAUUACAUUAUCACGUGCACAGGAGGAAGAGUCACGUUCUGCACGUGUUAUCAGGAAGUGCCAGUCUCUAUUUAACAGAUUUAACAAAGCCUUAGAUUUAUUACGAAGUGAAGGUCGUAACAGUAUAGCAUGGUCAAGGAUAAAGUUACAAGAAGUUGUGAAGUGCCUUACAGAUCUCAUAGACUACUUUCAACAACCAGGAAAGGAUGAAGAGCAUGAGGAGAAACAGAAUAAGUUGCGAGCAUUACGCAAUCGUCAAGACUUGUUCCAAGAAGAAGGUAUGAUAGCCCUCAUUCUGGAGACAAUUGACAAGUUUGGACAAUACAAGAGCAAGAGGCAGUUUGCUCACUACGCUGGCGAAGACUCUGCCAACAAAUACGAUGAUAUUUCCAGCUACCUGUAUCUCCUCCUUGCUGCCAUGAUUCGUGGUAACCGUGCCAACUGUGCCCAGUUUGCCCAGUCGUACAGACUGGACUGGCUUGUACAUAGACUGGAGAGUCAAAUGUCUUCCAAAGGUGUUCUUGACGUCCUUCACUGUGUUCUUAUUGACUCACCUGAAGCCCUCAAUAUGAUCAAAGAAAAACAUAUUAUCACCAUUAUCUCCCUCAUUGACAAACAUGGACGUGAUCCAAAGGUGCUCAAUGUAUUGAAGUCCCUGUGUGUGGGAAACGAUGUAGCUGUACGUACCAACCAAAACCUGAUCUGUGAUAACCUACUUCCUGGCUGUGACUUACUGCUUCAAACCAAACUUGUAGACCAUGUCUUUAAUAUGAAACCAAACAUUUAUGUAGGCCAAUGUGAAGGGUCUAGCAUGUACAGGAAAUGGUAUUUUGAGGUGGUAAUAGACCAAUACGAGGCUGCCUCUCAUCUCCCACCCUUGUUGAGGAUAGGUUGGGCUAAUAGUAAUGGGUUUGUGCCUUACCCUGGUGGUGGUGAGGGAACAGGAUGUAAUGGGGCUGGAGAUGAUCUCUUCUCAUUCGCCUUUGAUGGUGUUAGUCUAUGGACAGGUGCCAAACCAAAACAGGUUCGAGAUUCUAGCAUCAUCUUCAGAAAGGGGGAUUAUAUAGGUUGUGCUCUAGAUCUUGCUGUGCCACAGAUUACUUUCAGCGUUAACGGAUCAACUGUUAAAGGCUUAUUCAAAGAUUUCAAUAUGGAUGGUCUCUUCUUCCCAGUUAUCAGCAUGACAGCUUGUGUCAGUUGUCGCUUUGUGCUUGGAGGUAAGCACGGCAGAUUGAAGUUCGGGCCACCACCAGGUCACUCUCCAGCAAUAGAAUCCCUGCUACCGAAGGAGAAGCUAAAAAUAGAACCAUGUUUCUAUUUUGGAGAUGUACAGAAGAACAUUGUCAGUGGUCCAACAGAGAUACUGGAUUAUGCACCUUUUGUUCCAGUACCAGUUGAAACUGCUAAUGUGCAACUGCCUAUUUACAUUGAAAGUGUGCGUGACAAGUUGGCUGAAAACUUGCACGAGGUAUGGACAAUGAACAAGAUAGAUCAAGGCUGGUCAUGGGGAGAUACCCGAGACGACAGACACAAGAAAAACCCAAGUCUUACAACGUUUGAAAAGAUCCCACACUCCGAGAAGAAAUAUGUUGUCACAGUCUCUUUUGAGACUUUGAGAACAUUGCUAGCACUUGGAUAUCAUGUUUCCAUGGAGAUCAAGGAACAAAAGACAAACAGAAUGAAGACAAUCAAGUUAGGAAACAACUACUUGCAAGGGAAUGGCUAUAAGCCGUCUCCUCUAGACCUGUCAGGUAUUGAACUGGACGAGAAAAUGAAUGAACUUGUUGAACUCCUGGCAGAGAAUACUCACAAUGUCUGGGCUAAAGACAGGAUCAAACAUGGUUGGACAUACGGUCUCUAUGAGGAUUCUGUGAACAAGAGAAGUCCACAUCUAGUGCCUUACAACAAAGUUGAGGAACAUAUCAAGAGGGCUAAUAGGGAUUCUGCUGCUCAAACUGUCAAGACAAUUUUGGCAUAUGGUUACACCUUGGAGCCUCCCACUAGCGAGCUGGGGGAAACAUCUGGGCAUCUGUCAGGAAGCAAACUAGAAAACCAUUUGGUUAUCCAUGGCUUAGCUAAAGCUGACAAGACAAGAGAAGAAAUCCUGAAGAAAACGCGUACAUACAGAGCACAGCUUAACAAUGCUGUGAAUACUGGGAAAUGGUACUAUGAGGUAGAGGUCAUGACCCCUGGGUAUGUCAAGGUCGGCUGGGCACAGGAGACAGCAGAUCCCUCCACUGAAAUCGGUCUGGAUGGUCGCUCAUUUGCUUUUGAUGGACUCUGUGGUCGUAAAUGGAACAUGGGUGCUGAGUUUUAUGGAAAGACCUGGCAGACGGGAGAUGUUGUUGGAUGUAUGCUUGAUCUUCAUGACAAAACAAUUACAUUUUCACUGAAUGGAGAGUUAAUGAUGGACUCCCUGGGUCAGGAGAUAGCGUUCAGGAACAUUGAGGUAGAUGUGGCAUAUGUUCCCGCCAUGACUGUAGGAGCAUUCCAACAAAUCAAGUUUAACUUUGGUCAAGAUGUAAACACACUGAAAUACUUCACAUGUUGUGGUCUACAAGAGGGCUAUGAACCAAUAUGUGUGAAUAUGACUCGCCAUAUGACACUAUGGUACACAAGAGAUCAGCCUCAAUUCCAGACUGUCACUAACUCACAUUCAAGUGUAACUGUUGCUAGGAUACCUGGAGGAAUAAAUGUAGCACCUUGCCUGAAGGUAACAUCAAAAACUUUUGGAACAUUAGAAGAUGUUAAACUGGAAUACUUACGUCUUAGUCUACCAGUCAAAUGCAAAGAUGAAUUUAUUCCAAGGAAUAUCAGUGCCCACAUGGCAAUGGAGAGACGAAUGAACCUUGAGAAUAUCCGCCGACAUACAAUGGACAUCGAAGAGGAACAAGAUGGUGGUACAGAUGGUGGGACAGAGAAUUACAGCGACGCCAACAUGAGUGAUGCUUCAAUUGAGAGAGGCAGUAAAGUUAUAGCUGAUGCAUUACGACGCCUUGUAAACAAUGCAAGUAACCAUGAUUACAGUCCAGCGCAUGAUAACACAACUACUACCACCUCUACUAACAAAGACUUGAAAACCUCACCUUCAUCUUCCACUCCUAAAGAUAAAAAAUCUAGAAAUAAAGAAAAUAAAAUCAGUGAUGUUCCGCUGUCUAAGGCUUCUCCAAGCAGCAAAGGGUCACACACGGGUAAUUCUACGUCUGGGACAAGGUCCUCAAAAUCAAGUAAUGAUGACGACCUCUCUCUGGCAGGAAUGAGUCAUAGUUUUACCGAUGACACCAUUGACAGUCGUCGCACCAAAUCAAAGACAAAAUCUCUGAACCGCGGUCAUUCCCUUGAAGAUAAUGUUCCGGAUGGAGGUGGUCCUCGGUUAAAGGCAGCUGCUAGUGAGUCGAUGCUUGCAGGAGAUCAUAAUACUCUCGGUUUACCUGUAGAUGGUAGAAAAUCAUCGUCAAAGUUAUCUCUCCUUGGAGAAAAGAUGAGUGACGCUGCAAGACUUUUAGCAGAAAAAGGUUCAAAGAAAAGUAAAACACCAUUUACAAUCUUUAAGAAGAAACCGUCAAGAGAUCCGUCACCAAAUGACAAGAGCAGAACAAGAAGUCAAGAAUAUGGAAGUCUGGAUAGAAAUAAAGUGGGCAGAUCAGGUGCGGGACGAUCACCAAACAGAACUAGUACAUUACCUCUCACUCGUAUCAGUGAUGAUGCUGAUGGUAACGGAACUGUUGGAGCACCUAUGAUAAAUAUGGAAGCUCCGAGAGGCAUGAUCCCGUAUGAAUUUCAAGAAUCUAUGGGUAGGCGUGAAUUUGGCAGUGAUGGUUCUGAUCCUGAUUUGACUGAAACUGAUCUUAUGGAAAUGAAUGCUUGGGCAGAACAUGUGGAUGAAUAUUACUAUUCAGUUAGAAUAUUCCCAGGCCAGGAUCCAGGCCAGGUGUUUGUAGGCUGGAUGACUCCUGGCUUUCACUCUAUGGACAAUCAAUUUGAUACAAAGAAAGUAAGGCACACAGUUGUGUCAGUCCUUGAUGAGGAAUACAGAAUCAGAUCAAGUGUUGGCCGUAAGAACUGUUACAUGGUGUGCGCAGGAGACUUGCAGCAGCGUUAUGGUGGUGGGGAUAGCCAGGAUGUCUCCUCUAAACGAACUUCACCUGGACUUCUCAUUGGCUGUACCAUUGACACUGCAACAGGUGUGCUAGGGUUCUCUGUGAAUGGCAAAGAAGUGGCUAACAAAUUUCAGGUUGAACCGGGAACCAAAUUAUUCCCAGCUGUUGUUUGUGAACCAACAAUUAAGGAGAUGCUGCAGUUUGAACUCGGCUCCACCAAGAAUGCCUUGCCAUUGUCAGCAGCAGUAUUUAGAGGCCCAAAGAGUGUUGUUCCAUCAUGUCCACCGAGGUUAGAUGUUCAAGCCUUGAUACCAAGUUGCUGGUCAAGAGUGCCACAGAAUACAACUUAUGUAAUGUCUCUUAAACUAUCUGAUACCAGAGGCUGGAGUAUGCUCAAUGAAAAACCAGUACCAAUCAUGUCUGUGUAUAUACCAGAAGAAGACAGGUCCAUGGAUAUCCUUGAUCUUAUAGAAUAUCCACAUCUACUCAAUUUCCAUGCAGUGACAUUAGAGUUGUAUCAGGCUGUCUGUUCCCAUGGUAACCACAAUGUUGCCAAUAUACUGACAGGUCAUGUUGACAACCUACAACUCAUGUAUUGUCUACAGAGUGAAUACUUGUCAGGUCCUCUGAGAGCUGGUUUCCACAACUUACUAAUUGCCAUGCAUCUUGACUCUCACACCAGAGGAAGGCAAUCUACAGAAAGGGAGUUUAUUAUUCCACUAACAAAAUCCAUGCAAGAUUUGAGUUUGUACAGACAGUUGAGUCCUAACAGUUAUAGUUUCAAGAUAAAACACACCAUACCAAACAUGGACGCUAGUGUCUCCAUUAGACCGAAACUCUGUCUCCUCAAGAAAGAUAUUGAAGCAAGGAAUGAGACCAAGAAUAGAGCAGAAACAUCACCAUUUUUCCCGAUGGAUCGUUUAAAGAUGCACAUGAUGCAGGCUCUAACAGAUGCUGUAGAGAAAGGUGCUGCACAUAUCAGAGAUCCAAUAGGUGGCAGUAAUGCUAACCUCUUUGUACCAUUACUGAAGACCAUAGAUAACCUGUUGGUGAUGGGAUUACUCACAGAUGAUGACAUGCAUCAGUUAUUGUUCCUCAUUGAUCCAGAAACUUUUGAUGAAGUCACUUACAGAGAUAAGAAGAAAGGUAAUGGACUUCUGCACAUGAAGCUAGAUGAACCUGUCAAACUUGAGGUAUGUCGCAUCUUGCAGCAUUUAUGUGACCUCCAGCUUAGACACAGGAUUGAGUCUAUCAUUGCUUUCUCUGGAGAUUUUGUUGGUUCUUGUCAAAAUGAUCAGCUGAGACGUUAUGUUGAGAUUAAACAAGCAAAUCUUCCUUCAUCUGUUACUGCCAGGAAGACCAGAGAAUUUAGAUGUCCUCCUCAUGAACAAAUGAGAAACCUUCUCAGCUUCAAAAGUGAUGAGGAUGAACUCUUCCACAAUUGCCCAUGUCGGGAAGAUAUCCGAGAAAUUCUGUGGAAUUUCCAUCGUAAUCUGCUCAAACAUUGUUCCAUGCCAACAGCCAUAGGUGAAGAACUAGAAAAACCUGAGGAAGUUGAGAUAGAACCAGAACCUGUGUCGUUUGCUGAUAAGUUGAAAGAGCUGGUUUGGAAAACUAAAGUAGAGGAAAAACAAGAAUCUGGUCCAAUACGUGAAUCCAGAAUAGAUUCUCUGCAGAAGCUCAUACAGAAAACAAUGGUAAUGUGGGCCGAGGAAUCGUUUAUUACCUCCCCUGACCUGGUGCGAGAAAUGUUCAGUCUUCUUCAUCGCCAAUACAACGGCAUAGGAGAGUUACUGGAAGGUUUAGAGAAGGCAUAUGUGAUCAGUAGUUCUAGUGAAGAUGACAUCAAUAAUCUGUUGAAGGCUCUAGGAAACAUCCGCUCACUGUUACUGGUACAAGCAGGACCUGAUGAAGAGGAACUUAUGAAGAACAGUCUCAAGGACUUGAUGGAUAACAAGGUAUUCUUCCAGCAUCCUGAUUUAAUGAGAGCCCUGUGUCUACAUGAGACUGUCAUGCAACUCAUGGUGAACACACUCAACAAGGCCCAGCAACAACAGUCAGCUGCUGGUGGCGAUCUUAACGUCAGUAACCAACGGAGACAGUCAACAGUGCCCCCUGGUGCCAUGGACAGCGGUCUAGGAGAAUCUAGCAAGGAUGCGGCAGCUGAGAUGGUUGUAAUGUGCUGUAGAUUCUUGUGUUAUUUCUGCCGAACCAGCGGCCAGAACCAGAGAGCUAUGUUUGAACAUCUUAGUUAUCUCCUUGACAACAGUAGUAUGUUAUUAGCUCGACCAUCCCUAAGAGGGUCCUGCCCCUUGGAUGUUGCCUACUCAUCCCUCAUGGACAACAAUGAGCUGGCCCUGGCAUUGAGGGAGUCCCACUUGGAGAAGAUUGCCAUGUAUUUAUCAAGAUGUGGUCUACAAUCUAACUCUGAACUACUAGAGAAAGGCUAUCCUGAUAUAGGCUGGGACCCAGUGGAAGGGGAAAGAUACCUGGAUUUCUUCAGAUUCUGUGUCUGGGUCAAUGGCGAGACAGUAGAAGAAAAUGCCAACCUAGUUGUACGUCUGCUGAUCCGACGUCCUGAAUGUCUCGGUCCAGCUCUGAGAGGUGAAGGUGGAGGUCUACUGAAGGCGAUGAAGGAUGGUAUAAAGAUGUCUGAACAGAUUGCUGCAGCACGUGAUGGCGCCUCCUGUAUGUUCCUCUCUGCCAUGAAUGAUGAUGAUGAUUCUGAUGGGAAAUAUCUCUUCCAGAGCAAGUUUGAUUUCUCCACAUUACCACCGGAGGAUGAUGAAGACUAUGUAGAUAUGGGCGGAGCUAUCCUCAACUUUUACGCCAGUCUGGUCGACCUGCUGGGACGUUGUGCACCAGACACGGAAUCAAUCAAGGCUGGUCGCAGUGAUGCUCUGAGAGCGAGAGCUAUUCUGAGAUCUCUGGUGUCCAUGGAAGAUCUGGAAGGAGUGCUUGGUCUUAGAUUCAUACUCCCAAUAGGAGGGGAAGGAGAUGGUGCCAUGCCUCCUGGACUGCUUCCACUACACAAGGCAUCAAUUGUCAUGUUCCUUGAGAGAGUUUAUGGAAUUGAAGACCAGUCCACAUUCUUCCGUCUGCUUGAAGAUUGUAUUCUGUCUGAUCUUAGAGCUGCAACAACACUUGACAUGGCUGCGUCUUCUGAGAGUGACAUGACCUUGGCAUUGAACCGAUACCUGUGCGGCUCUGUACUUCCCUUGCUUACAAGUCACAGUCAUUUCUUCAUGGAUGCUGACCAUGUUUCUUCAUUGCUUGAGUCUACAUUAAACACUGUGUACAGAAUGUCCAAGUGUAACUCCCUAACCAAGAACCAGAGAGAAAUGGUGUCUGAUUUCCUUGUUGCUUUCACCAAUCAGCUGAGACCCCCCAUGAUGUCUAAACUGCUCAAGAAGAUGGCAGUUGAUGUUCCUGCUCUCAAUGAGAAUACAGUGGUACCCUUGAGGGUACUGACAGCAUAUUACGAGAGAUGUGGACGUUAUUACAGUCAUGGUGGGUGGGGAUCAUUUGGUGGUGCCAGUGACGAGGAGAAAAGAUUGACCAUGAUGCUCUUCUCAGGAAUCUUUGAUUCACUUUCUAAGAGGGCUUAUGAUCCAGAGUUGUUCUCGAAAGCACUUCCAUGCUUAUCAGCGAUUGGCUGUGCCCUAUCACCUGACUAUACACUAACCAGUCAUGAUGACAGCUGGUUUAAUAGGGCAAUAGCAGAAUCUGAAGGGGUAUACAAUCCCAGUCCAAUGGACACAUCAAGGGUGCACUUGAACCAGUCUCUAGAAACUGCCAGCCUUAAAUUUGCUGAACAUUUCCAUGACAACUGGGCUUUGAAGAAGCAUGAUGAAGGAUGGGUGUUUGGUAACAACUUUGAUGAUGACAGGAAGUUACAUCCGGUGCUGAAACCUUACAACCUUCUUGGAGAAAGGGAGAAAGGAAAGUACCUACAGCCAGUGUUAGACUCUAUGAGAACUAUUAUUGCCUGGGGAUGGUCCCUAGAACAAGAUCAGGCCAGGCUCACAGCUAACAGAGAAAGCAUGAAGAGAAGAACCUCAAAGGAUGCUUAUGACCAUGGAUACAGUCCGCGACCUUAUGACCUCAGGAAUAUGACCUUGACCCGUGAAAUGCAAACAUUAGCUGAGAAAUUGGCUGAGAAUUCACAUGACUUGUGGGCAAAGAGGAAAAAAAUGGAACUUGAAGAAAUUGGUGGCGGUGUACAUCCACAACUUGUACCAUAUGAUGUCCUCACUGAGAAAGAGAAGAAAAAAGACAGAGAACAUGCACAAGAACUUCUUAAAUUCCUACAAUUUCUUGGAUUUAGGAUACACAGCGGUGACCUCAACCUGGAGAAGAACCAACGUAAGAAAUCUGCUUCUAGACCGACUAAGGAUUCCGAGGGUGAGAGCGGGGUGAACGUGACGGCAAUGGAGAAGAGGUUUGCGUACAGUUUGUUAGAGAAGCUCCUAGAAUACUUUGAUAAAGCAUCUCUCAGUAUGACACAAACACGACCCAGCUCAAAAUACUCUAGGCGGGGAAGCUAUGCUACAGCUACAGAAGAUGUGAAAUUCUUUGGAAAGGUUGUGUUACCAUUUGUUGAGAAAUAUUUCCGUGCACAUAGAGAGUAUUUUGUUGGAGGUCCAAAUGCUCCCAACACUAGCUCCAUGGCUUCUGUGAAGGAGAAAGAAAUGACAGCUAGUUUGUUCUCCAAGUUGACCUUCACCUUGCGUACAAAAUUGAUGGCAUUUGGUCAUGAUGUGAACAUUUCUGUAAGAUGUCUACAAGUUCUCAUUCAAGCUGUUGAUGCCAGAACUGUGGUAAAGAACAGUCCAGAGAUUGUGAGAUCUUCUCUUCUACCAUUUUUCAACAACGCAGCAGACGACCUUGCCAAUCUUGUUGAUAAUCUUCAGAAAGGUCGCUUCAGUCACGUUAAGGGCACAAUCACACGUGGUGCCACCAGUCUGAACUACGUACACAUGGUGCUUCUACCUGUACUGUCCUCACUGUUUGACCAUAUUGGCAGGAACAAGUUUGGACCGGAUCUGAUUGUACAAGACAUCCAGAUGGCGUGCUACAGAAUUCUUAAUUCUCUCUAUAUCCUGGGAACCAGUAGUUCAAAGUUCAUGAACAGGGAGACCAUUGCUUCUGAACUAUCCAGGCAUAGACCAGCACUGGGAGAAUGUUUGAGCUCAUUUGCUGGUUGUUUCCCAGUAGCGUUCCUGGAACCCGGCCUCAACAAGUACAACAAAUACUCUAUUCUGUUCGGUCUGGAAGGCAAAAUCUCCGAACACUCACUUGAAGCCCAAGAGGUGAUGGACCUGUUAGCGGACACAUUACCUCCCCUUGAGAAGAUCCGUGAUGAGAUUGAUCAUCUAGCUGAAUCUGGAGGAAAAUAUGUGGAGGCGCCACAUGUCAUUGAGGUUACCUUACCUAUGCUCUGCAGCUACCUGCCAUACUGGCUUCAAAAUGGACCUGCAAUUCAAGGGAACCACCCAUGUACAACAGUGACUGUAGAUUUAAUGAACACUGUGUUAGGCAACGUCCUCAGGUUGAUCUACAAUAAUAUAGGAGCUGAAGAUGCCCCAUGGAUGAACAGGAUUGCUUCGAGAGUACAGCCAAUUAUUGGCAGUUCCCAUCCUGACAUGAUAUCAGAUCAUUUCCUGCCAAUAGCGAAGAAGAUUCGAGACAAUGCCAUGAUUGUAGAACAGAAAGAGAAACAGCUUGCCUUGAGUAAAAUGCAUCAACAACAUUUAGAUGAUGAUUCUGAUAUGGAAGCUGAUGUCCAACUGGCUUUUGGUAUUCUGGUACGAGACAUCUACGCCUUUUACCCAUUGCUCAUCAAGUAUGUAGACCUACACAGAUCCACUUGGCUAAAGAACCCUACCAGUGCAGCAGAGGCUUUGUUCACCUUGAUAGCUGAUAUCUUCCUGCUCUGGUCCAAAUCUAUUUUGUAUAAGAGGGAGGAGCAGAAUUUUGUGUUAUCCAAUGAGAUUGACAACAUGGCUUUGAUCAUGCCCAGUCAGACUAAACCAGUAAAUGUUGCUCUGAUCGACCCUGCCACUGAGACCAAGGCUCCAAUGGGAGGAAAGAAACGUGAGAAGAAAAGAUUAGAGCCUCACAACAGUUUGAAUGUUGCCUGUCUGAAACGCUUACUUCCCAUUGGUCUAAGUUUCUUCAGUGGGCGGGAACAAGAACUUCUUCAGAUGGUCAAACAGAAACUUAUUGGUGACCAUGAUGCAGAUCUGGAAGACUUUUUGAUAAAAACACUUGAGGCAGAAGAAGGGCCCAUAGAUGACAAGAUCAAAUGGCAGAAGGUUUUGUACCACAAAAUUGGUUCUGGAACAAGCUCGAACCUGGAUCAGCAGAGGGUCAUAGACCGUAUUAUAUCCAUGGCCAAGGUUAUGCAUGGGCUUCACAUGGUAGAACAUCCGGCUGCCCAUCACAAGAAUGUUUGGCGUAAAGUUGUAUCCACACAGAGGAAGAGAGCUGUCAUGGCUUGCUUUAGAAUGAUUCCACUCCAUAACUUACCCAAACAUAGAGCAAUCAACUUGUUUUUGAAGUGUUACAGAUUUCAAUGGUUAGACAACGAGGAAUAUGAGAAAAAGAUACUUAUUGAUGAUCUCACUAGGUCAGAUGAGUCGGAAGAAGAAGCUGCGGAGAAGAAAGAAGAGGAAGAAGAGAAGCCUGACCCACUUAAACAGCUGAUCACUUGUCUGUCACGUGCCGCAACCAAAGAGCAACAGAGUAGCAUGCCAGAAGAUCCUAUCUAUAUAUCAUAUGCUCAGAUCAUGAGUCAGAGUUGUAGUGGUGCGGAUGAUGAUGACGAUGAUGAUGGUGGGGAUGAAGAUGGCCCUGGCUCAUCUUUCCAGGAACAAGAGAUGGAGAAACAACAGCUAUUGUCAGAGCAAGCUCGGCUGGCAGACAGAGGGGCGGCAGAAAUGGUUCUCCUUUAUAUAAGUGCUAGCAGAGGUUGUGUAGGUCCUAUGAUAUCUGACACUAUAGAAGCAGGUAUUUCUCUGCUUAGAGGAGGUAACAUUGAUGUACAAAAGAGAAUGUUGAAACAUCUAAAAGACAAGAAAGAUGUAGGAUUCUUUACCUCAGUUGCUGGGCUUAUGCAGCAGUGCAGUGUGCUGGACCUGGAUGCAUUUGAGAGAACCAACAAGGCUGAAGGUCUGGGUAUGAGCCCUGACUCGUCACCAGGAGAGAAGAACCUCCAUGAUGCCGAGUUUAUCUGUAAACUCUUCAGGUUCCUACAGUUGCUCUGUGAAGGUCACAAUCUUGAGUUCCAGAAUUAUUUACGUACCCAGGCUGGUAACAACACCACAGUGAAUAUUGUUAUCAGCACUGUAGACUACCUGCUUAGAUUACAGGAAUCAAUAAUGGACUUUUACUGGCAUUACUCUGGUAAAGACACUAUAGAUGCUGCUGGCAAGGAGAACUUCUGUCGUGCUAUCAUGGUCUCCAAACAAGUCUUGGCCUCACUAACUGAAUAUGUACAGGGUCCUUGCUCCCAGAAUCAGCUGACAUUGGCACACAGUAGGUUGUGGGAUGCUGUGGGAGGUUUCCUAUAUAUCUUUGCUCACAUGCAAGAGAAACUUUCUAGGGAUGCAGACCAGUUAGAGUUACUGAGAGAGUUUAUGAAACUACAAAAAGAGAUGAUGAUUAUGUUACUCUCCAUGUUAGAAGGUAAUGUAAUGAAUGGACCCAUUGGUAAACAGAUGGUAGAUACAUUGGUAGAAUCAUCCAGCAAUGUUGAGAUGAUCUUGAAGUUCUUUGAUAUUUUCCUGAAAAUGAAAGACCUUACAACAUCAGAAGCUUUCCUGGAAUUUGACUCAAAUGGUGAUGGUUGUAUUUCUACUAAAGAGUUUAGAAAUGCUCUACAGUCCCAAAAAAAUGUCUUCACGCAGGAGGAGAUAGAGUACAUCAUGAUGUGUGUGGAUGCCAAUCAAGAUGGUAAAGUUGACUUUAAUGAGUUCACAGACAGGUUCCAUAACCCUGCCAAGGAUAUCGGUUUCACCAUGGCUGUACUGCUGACCAACUUGUCCGAACAUAUGCCAAAUGACCCCAGAUUGGAAAGGUUCUUGGAGAAGGCCCGUUGUGUAUUGGACUACUUCCAGCCAUAUUUGGGCAGGAUUGAGAUUAUGGGCGGAGCUAACAGGAUAGAAAGGGUCUAUUUUGAGAUCAAACAGUCACACAUUGAUCAAUGGGAGAAACCUCAGAUCAAGGAAUCUAAGAGAUCAUUCUUACACAGUGUAGUGAAUGAAGGAGGUGAUAAAGAGAAACUUGAGAGUUUUGUGAAUUUCUGUGAGGACACCAUCUUUGAGAUGCAGCAUGCCACAAGUAUUAGUGCUGAGGAACAACGUAUUGCUGCCCUCAGGAGUGGUAACCUUGGAGACUCAAGAGGAGGUGUUCUUGAACCAGUGAAAAUGGGAUACAAUUUUGUGAAGGAAGGAUUUGGAUCAUUCUUGUCGCUGUUUACGAUGUCCAAUUUACGCACAUCGUACAGGACCUUCCGCAAGAUGACUUACUGGCAAUUGUUUGUAGCUUUCAUUAAGCUCAACUUCAAAAUUGCCUUCAUGUUACUGACUGUCCUCUUCCAUAUUGUUUGGACACUUUGUAGAUUUGUAAUAAAUAUGAUGAUGGGUGAGCGUGACGAGGGCGAUGUUGGCGAAGUUCCUGUUGGGCCCCUGGCCCUGCCUGGCCCGUCAACACCUGGAGAAAUAAAGAAACCUCUAGUAGCCCCGAUGGAGAUAGAAACCGCUGAUCCCGUUGUCAAUAUAGCUUUCGGAGUGGCCAUAACAAAAGAAGAAAAGGAAGAGGGCGCAACGAUCUCGCUUGCGGACGCUAAACCACCAAUGUCGACCCAGUCUAGCAUGGAUAUGAGUGAUGAUUUAGCAACACAAGAUUAUGUAGACCAGUCUACAACCUCUAACACUCAACCUGCUACAAUCAUGGGAGACAAGAGGCCAUUAGAGCCAGAACCUAUCAAACAAACUACAUAUGGUCCACAACAAAUUGGACCAGCAGUUGCACCAACCAGUGGUCAGUCUGGUACAGAAUCAGAAGAUGACCUACCAUAUGAAACCAAGAGUUUUGACUAUGGAAAAUACAUAUUGGUCACAUUGAACAGUAUAGGGAGUUUGUUUGCACGUAACUUCUACAACUUCAAGUACCUGGCUCUGUUACUGGCUUUCUUGAUUAACUUCAUGUUGCUCUUCUACAAGGUUUCGAGACUUACCGGAGAAUUAAUUGGAGAUGACGGUGCACCUGAUGUAGACACAGCAAUGAACAUGACCGAAACCGGUGGUGAAGAAGAAGAAGAGGACGUAGAAGAGCUUGUUUCGAUGUCAGAAUCCAGUUACUAUCUUGAACACAUACUUCGUUUUCUUGCCAUCUGCCACUCUCUAGCCGGUUUCUCCAUGUUGGUCGCAUACUACUGUCUCAAAGUGCCGCUUGUUAUCUUCAAACGUGAAAAAGAGAUAGCACGUAAGCUCGAGUUUGACGGACUGUGGAUUGCAGAACAACCAGGAGAAGAUGAUCUGAAAUCACACUGGGAUAAACUUGUGCUGAGUACAUCAUCCUUCCCUGAUAGCUACUGGGACAAGUUUGUCAAGAAAAAGGUCCGAAAUCGCUACGCGGAGCAAUAUGAAUAUGAAGCCAUCAGUAACUUGCUGGGUAUGGAGAAAAGUGACACUAUCACAAUAGACAAGGACGAGGGCAGUGGUGUAAUUAAAUAUUUAGCCUCAGUAGAUUGGCAAUACCAGAUCUGGAAGUGGGGAGUUAUCUUUACAGAUAAUUCAUUCCUGUAUAUAGCAUGGUACUUCACCUGGUCAUGUCUGGGUAAUCUGAAUUACUUCUUCUUUGCUGCUCACUUACUGGACGUGGCUGUCAGUUUCAACACCCUGAGAACUAUCUUACAAUCUGUCACACAUAAUGGGAAACAGCUUGUAUUGACAGUGAUGUUGCUCAGUAUUAUUGUGUAUAUCUACACUGUGAUAGCCUUCAAUUUCUUCCGCAAGUUUUACGUGAAAGAGGAAGAUGGUUCUGUAGACUACAAAUGCCAUGAUAUGUUAACUUGUUUUGUGUACCAUUUACACACUGGUGUAAGAGCAGGAGGUGGUAUAGGUGACGAGAUCGAGCCUGCGGAUGGCGACGCCUAUGAGAUUUACAGAAUACUCUUUGAUAUUAGUUUCUUCUUCUUCGUUAUAGUUAUACUGCUGGCUAUCAUUCAGGGUUUGAUCAUUGAUGCAUUUGGUGAGUUGAGAGAUCAAUUAGAACAGGUGAAAGAGGACAUGGAGUCAAAAUGUUUCAUCUGUGGUAUAGGCAAAGAAUAUUUUGAUAAAGUGCCGCAUGGGUUUGAGACCCAUACUACGAAUGAGCACAACUUUGCCAACUAUAUGUUCUUCCUUAUGCAUCUAAUUAAUAAACCGGACACGGAGUACACUGGUCAAGAGACGUACGUCUGGGAACUUUAUCAACAAAGAUGCUGGGACUUCUUCCCGGUCGGAGACUGCUUCCGUAAACAGUAUGAAGAUGAAAUAGGCGGAGCACAAAAAUCCUGAGAUUUCCACAAAUAAUGACUUUACAUACAAAAUUACUGCUUUAUAAAGCAAUCGGAUUAUAUUAUGAGAUUAUAUUUUACAUCAGCAACAUUUUGAGUUGUCGGAGUUUGAUUGUAGAAAUCAAAAGAAGUGGUGAUAACUUUUGAACAGAGUGAAAAGGCGAGAUAUUGUGAUAUGAUGGAAAUAGUACGUUUUGAAAUAGUGCUACUGUUUAAUUGAAAAAUGAUGACUUUUUUACAUUAAGAGAUAAUUGUAAUAAAAAUAGUGGGAAAAAACAAGAAGGCUGUGUAAUGAAGCUAGUCAACCAGAACAACUGAAUUAUUACAUUUAUAAGUAAAGGAUGAAUGGUGGCUUUUAUGAAAAAUUUUGAAUGAAUUUUGCUUAUAAAAUUGUGAAGAUUCUGGUGGGAUCAGCCACUUUAAUUUGUUGCAAGUUGGUUGACUAUGCACAAUAUUGCCGCGACUUCCUUCAAAUAGCAAUAGAGAAUUAAAUCUACCUAUAUAACAGUGUAACAUAUUGUUUAAAUUAUUCAAUUUAUUAUUUUAAAAUCUCAUCAAAGAUACAAUCUUGAUUCAUAUUUAUAUUAAUAAAAAAAUUGUUGCUUUUUCGAAACGUUUGUACCUCUUUUUUUCUCAUGUUUUCCAUGCUUUAUAAGAUUUUUUUCAUUAUAAUAUUUGGUCAUGUGCAAUAGAUAAUCAGAAAUUUCUUUUAUAACCUUUCUAGUAUUCCGUAGUUGUUUGAUAGUGUUUCUGAGAAAAUAUUUGUUAAAGGUGAUUAUUUUAUUUGUUUUAAACCCUAUUUAUUAUUUACAUAUUUAUCAUAGUUGAAAAGUAGCAUACUUAACUUAUUCCAGUAUUACAUUAUUUGGAUGUAGAUGUAUUUAUUAUUUUUGUUUGUAGAUUUCUUUUUUAUUUUUGAACAUUUUAAGAACAAAAAAAAUCAUUUUGUUAGAAUUCAUUUAUGUGUUUUCAUCAGUUUUAGAAAAUGAUUCUGAAGAGAUGUAGUCUUGGAAACUGGUGCUACAGUAAGAUAUAUUUAUUGAAAAGUUCAUGUUUUUUAACCUUAAGGAAAUCAUGUUGUUGGUUUAUUUUGGUUCAAGUACUUUUGAAUUUUAUUUUUUUGGCUUGCCUCCAGUGCAAUAUUUACAGACACACCAUCUGUUAAUUUUUAGGGUAGAGAAAUUUGUUGUAGUUUUUACUGUGGAUUGUAACUCCAUUCUUAACGAAACAUUUUACACACCUUGUUAUUUCGGAAUGUUUUUAGAAGUUAAAAACUUCAUGUUUUUAAUAAAACCACCAUAACAUUA